AAAAAAAAAAACUGCUCUUUUCGCUUAUUUCUCUCGAGUUAAUCAUGUCCAACGAGCAAAACGUCGCGAACCUACUUUCCAAUUUUUUAACCCUGAUUAUGGAGUUUAAGAAAGAAAUGAAGGAAGGUUUUAAGUCUAUCGGAACAAAGAUCGAUGCUUUGCAAGCAGAGCAGAGCAAUGCACUUGGUAAGAUCAAUCUGGAAUUCGAUGCAGUCAAGGAAAAGUUCAACCAGCAGCUCGAGAUCGUGAAUUCAGCCAGCAUGCUCGAAAAACAUCAACAGCAAAAUUAUCCAAGAGCAGCAAGCGACGAUAAUCCUUUUGCAAAAAAGACGCUCAAACGCGUUGCAAUGGAACCAAGGAAAAGCAACGGCAAAGCUAUCACCACUUUCAACUGGCAAUAUUUCGAAGCGCUUGCUAAGGAUGUUUUGACAACGCAGUUAAAUCAGCCAUGGAAAGACUACUACUUGUCGACAUUCAAGAAGAACGUCACCACCUUUGCUGAUUCUAUCGUUUUCGAUUUGCGCAAACGAUACACCACACAAUCAUCGCCUAGCGAUACAUGGUGUGACGUCCCGAAAAACGUCCAGAGUGAAAGCAUGGUGCUACUUGAAGAUGUUGUGAAUGACGAGUUUCCAUUGAAGGCGUGCGUAGAGCAUUGGGGAGCUCGUUUGUUAAUGGUGCGUGCAUUUCAACGUUGCAAAGGAAAAGGAGUCAUUGUCGCUGAUCAAGAAAUUAACAACAUCAGGUAUGCUGUGCAACUGAGCAGCUACAAUCUUCUUAACAUAUUUAACUGAUUAAGCAAUGUGGUUUUUAGUACAUCUGAAAUACUUCGUGAAAUCAAUCUUUUCCUUGAUAGCAGGUAUGAUAUUC